AUGACUCAGAGCUCGUACAACUCAACACUGAGAGGUUUCGCUGAGUCGUCCUGCUCGGCUACAAAUCACACAGAUGAGCUCAGCAGCACCGUGCAGACCGGCGGAGCCUUCACAGCAGCAGAUGUUCUCUCAGCAGGAAACGACUCUGUGAGCUUUCAGCUCUCCAACUCUUCGUAUCUAUCAGCAGAGAUGGACCCACUAAUGACCAGCAGGGUGGAUAACCAGAGUGACACCGCGGAGCUGGACAGCGACCUCACCACCCCACCGCCACGCCCGCCCCCCCUGCUGACACCUGCAGAGGAGCUUCAGGGAGGUGACGGUGGCGCAGCGGAGGUAAAAAAGGAAGAGACGGCGCACUCGACUUUGAUCUCUAAAGAUUUGAAUGAGACUGUGACAGAGGAAGCGCUCGAGCAGGAAGAGAUAGAUAAGGAUGAGACGACCCACAAUCCUCCAGCCACCAGCCGCGGUUCACUUCUGUUCAUCCACAGCAGAGAAACACUGAGUGCAGCAAAACCAGAGCCAACCGAACUUCCUGUACUCAGCUUUAGAGAUGAAAACACGGUCAAAUCUUCAACACCUUCGACUUCACAUGCUGGCAUCACAACUUCCUUUGAGACUACAACUUUUCUGAGGACUACAACUCCCAGAGAGGUGACACCAACAGGUCUGGAGGAGUCAUCUGAGGAAGGUUCAGUCAUCAUCACUUCAUCGCUGACAUCAGCAAAACCACAAAUUAGUCAAUCUGAGAGAAAGUCAUCGGAAGAAGAGGAAGACGAUAAGAAGGAUGGUGAUGGUGAUGAUGGAGAGGAAGGGGAGCAGGAAGCUUCAGAUGAGCAUGUCAUGGAUACGCCUACAACUGUGUUCACAACUACAACUGCCAAAAUGAUGACGACGCAGACUGUAACCACAGAGGAGUCAAACAAGGUGACGAGAAGCUUGACACCGUCUGCAAGGAAAACAUCCGCCUCUCAAACAGGUGGAGGAGGUGUCACCUUUACAUUCACACCACCAACACCUUCAGCUUCAGAGGAGGGCAGGGAGCAGAGUGUCGAGGAGAACUCCAGUUUUCUGAAGCCAACUGAAGGUCAGCCCUCUGCCACUUCCCCAGGCCCGGACAUGAUUACCAGGGUGACGAAGAGAUCCUCGACAAGAGGACAACCAGACAGCAACCCAGCGAGAACGGCUGCCGUCUCACCCACAACUCCUGAUUCAUGGGAGGAAGACUGGAGGCUGCACACACCUGCUGCUGCUCCUCUCAGUCCCCUGAGCCGAGGACAGGCAACUCAACAUUCCACAACAUUGUCAUCAAAUUCACGAGGAAGCCGAGUCACCUCCGUCAAACCAAGGUCAGAGAUCGGGGCCUCCACCCGAACAUCAACUGUAACCUCGCACACAACGGCCGAGGCUGAAUCUGAGGAGGAGCUGCAGGAAAAGUCUGAGACGGCAGAGAAAGCUCCGUGUGUGGAUGAAGAGCUGGCAGACAGCUCGCAGGAGAAACACACAGAUGACUCGGACGUGGCUCAGAAGAGGACUGUGCCAUUCUUCGCCUGGUCCCUGCUGGAGUCUGUUGGGUUGUCGGACAUACAACUACAGCCAGACAGCAAAGAGUGCAGUCGCUCCUUCACCCUGUACGGCAGCGGCGGGCGAGCCAGACGGGAGAUGCCAGCUCUGGGGGAGAUGCUUCACUGUCUGACGGGACGCUGCCCACAUGAGUACGAGAUGUAUGGCUGCUACUGCGGACAGGAGGGCAGGGGGCAACCGCAGGACCAGCUGGACAGGUGCUGCUUCUUCCAUCACUGCUGCCUGAAGCAGAUCAGCUCCAUGGGCUGCAGGUCAGACAGGAAGCUCAACGCUCAGAUCUCCUGCGAGAGCGGGAAACCACGAUGUCAAGGCAUCACCGUCUGUGACAAGCUGCAGUGUGUGUGUGACAAAACGACUGCAGAGUGCAUGGCAGCGGCCCACUUUAACCACAGCCUGCCGGCGCAGCAGUGCCGCGGCCCCGGACCUCCCUGCCGCCGGGCCAGCAGACCCCCCAAACCACGGCUUUCCCCUCAGUCCAGUGAGGAGAGCGUGGAGCUGCAGGGAGGAAACUCUGACAUAAAUCUCGGGGACAAUCAGAAGCCUGACGGAACACAGGACACAUCGACUAACACACCUCCACCACGCCAAGUUCGAAACAGUGAUGAAAGCUCUGACCUGAAGGACGAAGACAAGCCAAAGAAUCCUCCUGCUGGAUCGUCGGGCAGCUCCACACGACCUCCUCCUUCUCCCUCCAGUGAGGAGAGCAGAGAGCCAUUGAGACACGAUGGGAUUCAAACCCACAACCACAGGCCGAGUGCAGGGCAGAGCCAAGGGCACCGACCCGGAGGGACCGGGGUGAAAGAGGAGGAGGAGGAGGAAAAGGAGGGAGAGGAGGAAGAAGAGGAGGGGGGAGGAGAAGAGGAGGAGGAAGAGGAAGAGGAGGAGGGCAACUAAAAGCAAAUGCAUUGCUUUGGAAAGCUAGCUUUGGGAAGUCAU